UUAUGCCGCUUCAUGAUCAAAGCAGUGGUAAAGGACAAGUAAGCCAGGUCUCCAUGCAUGGUAUGCAAUAAAGUAAGUAACAUAACAAGGGAUUAUCGACGGCAUUUUACUUAGCCGGUAUGCUACCUUGCCUCCUACUUAGGUAAUUGAAAAUACUGUGAGUGUUGAAAGACGAGGAACAGAAGAGAGAAAUGUUUCAGAGGAAGAGUCAAAAUAUCAAGUACAUCCUGAGUCUUGUGCCAGGGAAACGUCGCUUUGGGGUGUACAGAUUUCUGCCUGUCUUCUUCUGUAUUGGAGGUGUGAUGGAAUGGGUCAUGAUCAACGUGAGGAUAGGAAGGGAGACAUUCUAUGAUGUCUACAGAAGAAAGAAGUCAGAGAGGGAAUACCAGCAGAAGAUCGAUGAUGGAUUGAUUGUACUUACUGAACCAGUAGCCAAGUGAAUUACUGAACCAGUAGCCACUAUAAUGGAAGUGGAACACUUGAGGUGUGAUCGGGACACAAACACUGGUGUUUGCAAUGCAAUAGACUUGAGGCAAACAUUUCUGGAUGGUUCAAAAGACUGAUAUUUAAUGUAUGGAGAAAAUAAAACAUUGUUUGUUUAUUUAUGUACUCUUCAUUAUACUGAGAUGGGAUGAAACAUUUUUAUGAGCCAAACAUGACAACGUGGUAUUCGUCUAAUAAAAGUGACAUUACUCAGUGGA